UAUCUAUUGAUUUUUGUGUUUGUUUUCUAUUGAUUUGGACUAGUUUUAUUUGAUUUGAUUGGAAAGUUCGGAUCUUGGUGGAGUUUGAUUGGUUUUAGUUUAGAGAUUGGAGCGGUUGAGGAGAAAGGGAGGAGCUUUGGUUUGUGGCUGAUGGCUGAAUUGGUUGGGCCUCGUUUGUAUAGCUGCUACAACUGCAGGAACCAUGUCUCCCUUCACGAUGAUGUCAUCUCCAAAGCUUUCCAGGGGAGAAAUGGCCGCGCAUUUUUGUUCUCUCAUGCUAUGAACAUUGUUGUCGGGCCAAAGGAAGAUAGGCAACUCAUGACUGGACUGCACACAGUUGCGGACAUAUACUGCCAGGAUUGCCGGGAGGUGUUGGGUUGGAAGUAUGAAAAAGCUUAUGAGGAGACACAGAAGUACAAAGAAGGGAAGUUCAUAUUUGAAAAAUCAAAGAUUGUCAAGGAGAACUGGUAGCCCAUGAAUCAGAUGUUGUUUUGGAACAGGUUCUGGAUGCUUAUAGUUCCCUUCUUGUGCAACAUGACCUUCAUUGAAUUUAAUUGAAAUGUUCAUCUUGUAAAUAUAGCAAUCACGUGAAGGUCCCUGUUGUUGCUGGUUUCAUUUUCUUCAUGUCAUGUAUAAAGAUUGUGUUCUGGUGGCUGUUGAUUUCUUUGUGGAUAA